AUGGAUUUCGUUAGUGGGUUGCCUCUGACACCCUCUAAGAAGGAUUCUGUCUGGGUCAUCGUAGAUCAAUUGCCCAUGUCUGGUCACUUCAUUCAGAAGAAGGUUCUAAGGUUCGAGCGCAAGGUCAAGUUAAGCCCUAUGUUUAUUGGGCCUUACCGAAUUCUGAGACGUGUGGGACCUGUCGCUUAUCAGUUGGAGCUAGCUCUGGAAUUGGAUCAGGAAAUUGAGGUUAGGCCAGACAUGACCUUUGAGGAAGAGCCGGUACAGAUUCUGGAUCGUGAUGUAAAGAUUCUGAGGAAGAAGUCUAUUCCACUGCUAAAGGUUCUGUGGAAAAAUCAUAGCACUGAGGAGGCGACGUGA